AAUAUAAAAUAGCGCUUUUAGUAGCGUUUGUGUGUAUUUGCAUGAGUCACAACUCAGACGACAUACGGUGUCCUGUGUAAAAAAAAAUCUGUAGCACUGCCUAAUAGCCGAACAUGUGUUAAUAUACUGAGCUUUCUUAGUAUUUCUUCAGCUAUAUAAUCAAGGCCAUAGUAAUUAGAAGUAAAGCUACAAUUCCCCAUAAAAUUAAAGAAAAAAUGAAGCUUGUUUUCGCAACUCUGUCUAUUGUUUUCCUCGUUCUUGCCUCUUCUUUAGUUCAUCCAUGCAUGGCUAUUUCUGAUGCAAUCAAGCCUAACUCAAGUUUGGACUGUGACUCCAAGUGUGGGGUGAGAUGCAGUAAAUCAGGACAUGACCGAUGUCUAACAUUUUGCCUCAAGUGUUGCCUUAAGUGUAAUUGUGUUCCAUCAGGGACUUAUGGCAACAAACAUGAAUGUCCUUGCUACAGAGACAUGAUGAACUCUAAGGGCAACCCCAAGUGCCCUUAGAUAUCACUCUGUAUUACACAGAAUUACGACUGGUCUCCCCUCCCUUUGUCCGGAAAUAAUUGUAACUACGUUAGUAAUUUCUAAAUUAUAAACGGACAUAGGGAAGUAUUUUCUUAUGAGUAAUAGUAAUUAUGUACGGUAUGUUUCACUUUAAACUCCGAAAUAAAUAUUUUGGUGUCACACGAACAUCAUGGACAUCAUUUUUAC